AUGGGCGACUCUGCCGCCGAUGUCGAGGGCCACCAGGCCUCAGGCGCUUUGCAGACGGCGAAGGAUCUCUUCGCAGGAGCCGCAGGAGGAGUUGCGCAGGUUCUACUAGGCCAGCCGUUCGACAUUGUCAAAGUCCGCCUCCAGACUUCCACUCAAUACCCCAACGCCCUCAGCGCGGCGGCCUCCAUCUACAAGAAUGAGGGCGCCCUGGCCUUCUACAAGGGCACACUCACCCCUCUACUCGGUAUAGGUGCCUGUGUGUCCGUUCAGUUUGGCGGCUUUCACGCCGCGCGGCGCUGGUUCGAGGAGCGCAACGCGGCCGCGGCCGGGACCCCCAUCCCCUCCACGCCGACCAGCACCAGCAGCCUGAGCUACGGCCAGUACUACGCGGCGGGCGCGUUCGCCGGCGUGGCCAACUCGGUCAUCUCCGGGCCGAUCGAGCACGUGCGCAUCCGGCUGCAGACGCAGCCGCACGGCGCGGGCAAGCUGUACAACGGGCCGUGGGACUGCGUGCGCAAGCUGGGCGCGCAGGAGGGCUCGCUGCUGCGGGGGCUGUACCGCGGCGAGGCGGUCACGAUCUGGCGCGAGGCGCAGGCGUACGGCGUGUGGUUCCUGACCUUCGAGUGGCUGAUGAACGCGGACGCGGCGCGCAACAAGGUCGACCGCAAGGACGUGCCCUCGUACAAGGUGGCCUUCUACGGCGGCCUGGCCGGCGAGGCGCUGUGGCUGGCCAGCUACCCCUUCGACGUCGUCAAGAGCAAGAUGCAGACGGACGGCUUCGGCGCCGGGCAGAAGUACAAGACGAUGCGCGACUGCUUCGCGCAGACGUGGCGCGCUGAGGGGGCGCGCGGGUUCUGGAAGGGCAUCGGGCCGACGCUGCUGAGGGCGAUGCCCGUCAGCGCGGGCACGUUCGCCGUGGUGGAGAUGACGAUGCGGGCGAUCAACUAG